GCAGAAACACACAGAAGCAUUUAUUAAUCAUAAUACCAUUCUCCUUCUCCACUGCAACUACUUUGAAAACUUUUGAUCUUUGGUUCUUCAUCUUCUUCUUCUUCUUGGUUUGGGAUUUUCACUUAUCUCUUCUACUUUGGUGCGUAUGUUCUUCUCAAUAUCCUUUUUGGUGUGGUUAAAAUCAAGUUUAAAGAUCGAGAAUGGACAACAAUGGAGAACCAGCUUCUAAUAACAAUGGAGAACCAGCUGCUAAUAACAAUUCAAGUGUACCGGCUUCUAUUUGGACUCAAGAGAAAUGGUUUCAGAAGUUUAGUGAUUUGCAGAAAUUUGCUAUUCGUGUUAUAUACUUGUCAGCUUGGAUCCUCCUUGUGGGUCUACUUGUGGCAAAACACUACCACCCAUCACCCAGUUGCCUUGUAGGAAGUGAUCAACCUGAUGAAAUGUUUGCAAAAGGAUCAGUGUCAAUGAUGUUUCUUAUUGUUGCCGCCGUUGUGCUGAACAUGAAGCAACGCAUCAGAGGAUUGUCAGCAUUGCAGCUGGCACGUUUGAGAUCGAAGCUCGAAUGGAUACUUCACGUGCGCUAUUGUUGUCGUAGUAGGAGUCACAUCUACGGGUUUUACUAUGCUGGACGGUGCUCAGAUCCUUUUUGGCGCGUGGAGAUGUCGUGCACCAUCUACCAUUGCUUUUAUGGGUCUGUCUGCCUUCUUCACAGUGGUUGCCGAUAUUUACUUACUUGUUUUUAUCUGUUAUAUGUGAUUUGCGCCCUAUAGGUGCUUUACAAGUAUCUGUUUGGAUUGCUUACUUGUUUUUAUAGACAAAGAAGACACAGAUGUUUAUUGAGUGUAAUAGCUAGUGACACUUUGUGGGAUCCUGGUUAUAUCUGACAAUGGAUGUUUAAAUCUAAUAGAGUUAAA